AUGUCAUCCGAAGGCCUCAUAUACAUACUUGAUGAGUACAUCGCGAACCGGGUUCCCGCCCGUUUGAUCAAAGUCGAUGAAAUGAAGGUAGUGACGAGAGACGAUGUAAAGGAAUACUAUCGUCCCAUGUUCGAGGCACUCAAAUACCCACCGAUAGAGAUGCACGAGACAGUGCGAUAUGCGAUAUUGUCGCACCGAUGGCUGAGCAGAGGGGAGCCUACAUUCCAGGAUAUGUCCGAGCAGGGAGCUCGAGCUCCAGGAACUGGUCCAGAUCCUGAGGGAACCAUUCAGACCCAAAACAGACUCUCCGGGCCCGGAUACGACAAACUUGUCGCAUUCUGCACAAAGGCAAAAGAGUACGAUUGUCCGUUUGCGUGGUCGGAUACAUGUUGCAUCGAUAAGAGGAGCAGCGCAGAGCUCGAUGAAGCCAUCCGCUCAAUGUUUUGGUGGUACCGGAACGCAUCCAUCUGCAUUACUCACCUUGGCACGUCUUCCAGCCCUGACGAUAUGGGAAGCGACCCCUGGUUCACGCGAGGAUGGACGCUCCAAGAGCUGCUUGGGCCUCGCAGAACCAAGUUUUUCGGCAGGGACUGGGCGCCGCUUGUAGACGGAGACAACGACAAAGUUCUAGCUGACCCAACGAACAUCCUUGCAAAGGUGUCCACCAUCACAGGCAUAUCCGACAGCGAGAUCUGUCACUUCGUUCCUGGGAUGCAGAGGGUAGCGGAACGCAUGGGGUGGGCGUCGAAACGGCGCACGACCAAAGUUGAGGACAUGGCAUAUUCACUGAUUGGUAUCUUUGACAUCAGCCUGGAUAUCCAAUACGGCGAGGGCGACGUGGCAUUCUCUAGACUGAUGGAGGCCAUCGUGCGCCGCUACAGUGGGUGGGACAUCCACGCCUGGAAAGGACGCUGCUCCAAAUUCAGCAGAGGACUCGCCUCAUCCCCCAGCUGUUAUCCGCCUCUGCUGUUCAAUUUCCUUGACAAUAACCCAGAUAACUUCAGAGCACCCCUCGACUAUGGGUAUGACGAGACGAUCUUAACGAACAAAGGUUUGCGUCUCAAGGUCCUGCUCGUACCGAUGAAACUCUCUAGCGACCCUAUCGAUAAGGAGAUGCACGACAGUCUAUUCACUUUCCGGGCUAAACAGCCCAAGUACGUCGCUCUCGAGCAUCCUGGGCAGGCCGUGGGGAAAGUCAAGGUUGAGAUACCCUCCAAACUCGAGGACCAAUGUUACCCGUUCCCACCGGGGGUCAUGUCCAUGUAUAAUUGGGCUGUAGGAGUUCUAGACUAUCUCCGGGAUGACUCCGAGGCAGCGAACGAGAACGAGGGCGCGAUUGAGCCGAACGACUCAGAGUACACUGCAUUUUUGCUCUUUCAGUUGCUUCCGGAAUAUCGGCGGCCCAACAUCAAGCCCUGGUACAAACUUGCAACGGAACAGGUCGUCAAAGUAUCCUGUCUCAAAGAAUUGAAGGAUAAUCUUACCACCAUAGCGCUGUAG